AUGGAAAAGGUGGUUCUGCCCAACGGUGAAGAGCGUGAGAUCGAAAUCAAGAACGCGCUAUAUGUUCCAAGUAUGAGCAAGAAUCUGCUAUCGGUGCCACAGAUUUACAAGGGUGGCAAGUUUCAAGUCGUGUUUGACGGGUCCAAGAUGUAUGUGACUCUCAAGAACUCACAGCAAGUGGUGGCGACAGCGGAUCUCGUGGAUGGACUCUACUGGCUUCGACGACUCAACGAUCAGCGAAUGUGA